CCUCCGCGGCCCGCCCGCCUCCCUCCCAAGAUGGCAGCCUCCAGCCGCGCGCAGGUGCUCGGCCUGUACCGGGCCAUGCUGCGGGAGAGCCAGCGCUUCAGCGCCUACAGCUACCGAACCUACGCCAUCCGGAGGAUCAGAGACGCCUUCAGAGGGAACAAGGACGUGAAGGACCCCGCAGAAAUCCAGGCCCUAGUGGCCAAGGCCCGGCGGGACCUGGGGAUGAUCCGCCGGCAGUCUCCGUGAGGUUUCAGCCUCAGAGUCCACGCCCAUUGCCCUGGGUCCUGUCCUCACACCAAGACAGGCGACGCCCUAGAUGCCAGGACACCCUCUACUCCUCUGACAUAACCACAUGAGCCCGAGCAGUGAUCCUCAAGGCCUGAGAUCACUGGCAGUUAAGCCUCCGUGGGAACGUUGUGCUUAAUUGCAGCCUUUCCUGCCCGCUCGGGCUCCCUUGGACACGCCCCCGCCCGUUCGUUCAUCUGCGCUCGUCGUGCUUGCUGACACAGACGUCUGCGUUUUUCUCGUUUCUUCCCGAAGACACGGUGCGGGAUGCGCUUACCUGUUUUCUCUUCAUAGCUGUGGUUUAAGAAGAGCCAACUGUCGUAAACAAGCAAACCCAAAGUGUAUGCCUCAUCCGUUGCUAGAAACCCAGUGCGGGGCUUCCUCCAGAACCUUGGUGCUCUGGACCAGAGCCCAGGGACUCAUACCCAGGCAAGCCAGCGCUUCCUCCAGUGACGCGGCGUUGAGCACUGUCUGAGUCAGCUGUGUGUGUGCGUGUGUGCGUGUGUGCGCGCGCGUGUGCACCCAGCGACUUCCCGACAGCGGGCAGAAGGUGAGUUGUGCUCACCAUCCAGAGCAUGACCGCAUGCACAGGACAUCCGCAUGCACAGGACAUCCGCAUGCACAGGACAUCCGCAUGCAC